AUGUUGAAUGCGGCACGAAGCGGUUUUACUCCCAUGAUCGCGAUGUGCCUCGAUGAGAAGGGAGAAAUCUUGUCAGACAAGCGAGAGGUGAUCGACAGCAAAACAAUUGUUCCGCACGGAUUAAAAUGUAAGUCGGAACCGUCCCAGCAUCAGCGCCGUCGCCGAAGAUACAAGAAACGCCGUAAAACUCUACGCAUUGACGUGUUCCGGUACCGUUUCAGUGCCGGCAUCGACGGAGAUGAUCUUGGUGUGGGCACGAAUAAAACAAUAUCACGCAUUCCUGUUGGCGAAAAUGUUACAGUCACCAAUAUAACGGAUGCGAAGGAAACGGCUACAGAUGUAACUGGUGGAAAUGUAACUGCAGCUAAUGAAGCCGCAAGCGAUGUACCUGUUGGGAAUGCAACAGGUGUAAAUGAUGGCAUUUUAAAGCGAUUUAAUAGGCAAAUAGCUUAUAACAACUUUAGUCCUUAUGGAUUAGGCACAUCUAGUAUUUUACCAGUCGGUGGUGCAAUUUCAAGUUCGGGACCCUCCGUUAUUUGUCCCGCUGGAAGCAUAUAUCGUAAUGGGCAGUGCUUGCAGCAAUUAAGCUACUGUGGAUCAGGCUAUAAUCUGGUCGGAAACACCUGUGUAGGUCAGGCUGUUUGCCAGCAAGGAUACAACCUUGUCAGUGGACAAUGUCAGCUACAAGCCCCUUGUGCUACACAAAUUUGUGGAUCAGUUCCAGUAGUACAGGUCCAAGCUCCACCUCCACCAAUUGUAACAUGUACUUGUGAGGUAGGUUAUGUACAAGUAGGCAACCAGUGUAUGAAGCAUGAAUCGAAGGCGGCCGAAACACGCACUCAAGAGAGUAGCCACGUAGAACCACUUAACUGUCCGGCAGGGUAUGAUCUCAAUUAUGAGGAUUGCGUACAGUACAACAGCCAAGAAGCGCGCUGCGAGCGAGGCAUGCGGAGGGACGAUGUUUGUGUGGUAUCAGCUGAGUGUAGCUAUCCAUUCGUGAUCGAUGAGUAUGGACGGUGUACCAGGAAUACGACCACCCAAGCAAAUUGUCCAUCGGGAACUAGGCUUAUGGGAGGCGUAUGUCUUUACAACACACCCGAGUGUCCAACGGGCUACCAGAAGGAAGCAGGCAUAUGUAUUCAACGUGAGCAACUCCCGGUCACCUGUAAAGCGGGAUCCUUUUCCGAAGGUACGUGCGUCGUGGGAAGCCCGCAGUGUCCACCAGCGUACCAAACUUCCGGCGGACAAUGUAUACUGGAGCACCGUACUGUGCCACGUUGUCCACCUGGGUCGAGACACCAAGGCGGUGUGUGCGUUGUGCAGGAAAUAAGCUGUCCGCCCGGCUUCACCGAACGCGGAGGCGGUGUUUGUGUGAAUCAAGAGCGAAGACCUGCCAUCUGCCCGAAUGGAGCUCGUCUGGUUGGCGAUGUGUGCGAAUUAGAGCGCCAGAUUUGUCCGCGUGACUUCAAGCUCGAGUACAUGCAGUGUGUCCGGUACAGCCAAAAACCCGCAACUUGUCCUCGUGAGAUGCGCUUGCUGGGUAGCGAGUGUAUUGCAUCAUCAGUGAACUGUGAGGCAGGAUUCACGCUAAGGAAUGGUGAGUGCGUACGGGAACUGGUUGGUCGACGCACCUGUCCACCCGGAAGUACUCUACGCAACGAACAGUGCGUUAUAGGUGAACCGAGAUGCGAUUCUGGCUUCGUACUACGUGACGGUAUUUGUGUACACCAGAGCCGAGAGCAACCGCGCUGUGCAUCUGGAGCUCAGUUCCGCAAUGGCAAGUGUGUCAUGCGUGUAGAAGAUUGUCCACCGGGAGCGGUACGGCGCGGUGGAGAAUGUGUACGGGAAGAGCAGAUCACACCAACGUGUGGAGUCGGCUUUUCGUACUACCGAGGUCGCUGUCUGGCGGAACCACAGUGCGAGUAUGGUUACAGCUACAAAAAAUCCGAUUCCGUGUGUGUAAGCACCACCAAGACAGCGAUGUCCUGUCCGAGUGGUUCAGUACUAGAGGGCGAACGGUGUGUUUCACGUGACAUGAUCUGCAUGGAGGGCUAUACGCUGCAGGGUAACCAGUGUGUCAUGCAGAUGACUACGACCCCUGUUUGCCCUUCAGGUUCUACAAUGCGAGGGGACCGGUGUCAAAUGAGCAUUGCACCUCAAUGUCGUGCCGGAAGUAUUGCCAUGAAUGGUGGAUGUGAAAUUCAGGAAACGUCCUAUCCGUUUUGUCCAGCUGGUUACAGUUACUAUGGUGGACAGUGUCACGGUACAGUGAGUGCUGCGGCACCUGCACCGGUACCUGCCCCAAGUCCCUGCAUGUAUGGUGGCUGUCCAAAUCCUUGCACAACCGGUAUUUGCGGUGUUCCUUGUGCAACAGGAUGUGCCACACAAACACUUCAGACGAUUCAGUCGACGCAGGCAGCUUCGUGUCCCGCAGGAUUCAACAUGAACAACGGUGUAUGUACUCGGCGUUCCGUAAUACAGAUGGAGUGUCCGUACGGCUAUACAAUGGAUUCCGGUCAGUGUAUCGGUUACCAUGCGAUGACUUGUACUGCCGGUAGUGUACUACAAGGUGAUCGAUGCGUGCGGCUGCAGACACAGUCUGCCUCCUGUCGGGAAGGUUUCCAACAGUUCGGGGACCUCUGUGUCUACAUGCGACCAAACUGCCCAUCAGGCUAUCGUAAUGAGGGUGGAACAUGUGUGACCGUGAAUGAAAGGGCCGCCACCUGUGCGAUUGGAAGCGCCAAGAAACAAGGUUACUGUGUUACCACACCAACCUGCCCGCCUGGCUACUACCUACACAAGGAUAUAUGUCAACGGGAAGAGCAUACGGUUAUUCAUUGUCCUAGUGAAUUUGUGCUGAUCGAUGGAGAGUGUAUCGCACAAACAAGCUGUUCAGCCGGAUUCCAGCUGGAGGGUAACAUAUGCGUGCGCGUGGAACAACGUACUGUAUCGUGUCCAUCAUCGUCACGGCUUAUAGGUGAUUUGUGCGUGAUAAGCAGUCCUGCCUGUGAGCACGGUUACGAUUACAUCGGAGGUCGCUGCGUUAAAACGGAAUACCGACGUCCGAUAUGUCCGUCAGAUACUCGCCUACGUGAUAAUCUCUGCAUAUUAGCCAGAUCACCACAGUGCGAAUAUGGUUAUACAUUCUCAGGAGGCCAGUGCACAAAGUUGGAACGGCAACCGAUCAACUGUCCGUCCGAUUUCCAAGUGCAAGGUGAUCGGUGCAUUUCGCAACGGUUGAUCUGCCCGGCCGGCUUUACGCAGAACGGAAGGGAAUGUGAGCGUGAAGUCCGCCGUACGAUGUCCUGUGCAUAUGGAAGCACUCUACGCGGUAAUCUCUGCAUCGGCGAAGGUCCAUCUUGCGAACCUGGCUCCAGAAUGGUUCGGGAGGAAUGCGUCCGUGUUAGCUACAAACCACCAGAGUGUCCUCCUGGUACAGUCUUAACCGAUGGGCGCUGCGUGCAUAGUGCAACUUGUGCUCCAGGCUACCAGCUUCGCGGCAACCUUUGCGUAAAGCAGCGUGUCGCUCAGCUAACGUGCGCUCUAGGAUUAUUGCAGGACGGAAAGUGUGUCGCACCGGGACCGAACUGCCCUCCAGAGUACGAGAUGCGUCGUGAUGAGUGCGUACGGCGUGAAGCUACGCAACCGAGCUGUCCAGUAGGGGGAAAUCUGCAGAACAAUUUCUGUGUGAUUGGUCGACCAAAAUGUACGAAUGAUUUCCGGUACGAGAACGGUCGCUGUACGAGUAUGACGAAGAUACGGGCCCAAUGCCGAGGUGAUGCCGUACUGAGAGAUGGUAUGUGCGUGACCAAGACGACCACCUCUAGCGCCUAUUGCUCACAAGGGUAUACGCUUCAGGGAGGCAUGUGCGUGCGUAUGAUCCAAGCACAAGCAACAUGUACGACCACUUCUUCAGCAUCAUUUUCAAGCAGCAACAGCGUGUAUAACAAUAACAUAGUGACAAAUGCACCAUCGACCAGCACCAUCAGCGGCAGCAUCGUGAGUAGUGCACCAACGAUAGUAACUGAGACGAUUCAAUCCAUACCAUCAUACUUCGCAGUCGAUUCAGGCACGUCUAUCGCAUCGAACGUAGUCCCUUCGUAUGACUACGAUAGAUCUAAUAGUAAAAGUAGUAGUAAUUUUGAUGAUUAUAUCACCGAUGAAAAGUUCGUCAGCGGUUAUGAGGAGUAUCCUACAUACUCCAGCUCCAAGGUAGAUACAUCCUACGACACAUCGUCCUACGACAUUUCUUCAUCAUCAUCCUACGGCAGUUCGGCCUAUGAUCGUUCGUCCUACGGCAGUUCGUCCUAUGGCAGUUCGUCCUAUGGCAGUUCGUCCUACGACAGUUCCAUUUCGUCGUCGAAUGAAUCCACUAUAUCUAGCGUGACGGAAGGAACAUCACUGUCAAAUGCUAUGGAAACAACACGAGGGAAGCGUUGCACCGUGAACGGACCUCGCGUGUGCAUGAACGAUGGAGCAAGUUGGACAUGCAAACAGAAUCAGUAUCGCGACAUCGCAUCCAGCUAUUGCGAGAGUGAAAGCUCAGUCAUCCAAUUGGUUGUAGAUCAACACAUGGCCUAUAAUGCCACAUUUAUUGUAAUGGCUCCACAAGUACCAGAAGAAGAAGGAUUAGAUGGUUACGACGAUGAUGAUGGUGAUGAUGAUGAUGAUGAUGAUGAAGAUGCUGAGGAAGAGGAGGAAGGAUCGGCUGACUGCAGCAAUUGUGCCGAUCAGAGCUACUCCUGCUCGAAAAUAUGUUUCACAUACGACGAAUGCAGUCAAUGUAUCACCAUUAAGCUUGAGAGCUUCUGCAAGACAGCAAAAUCAACUGAGCUAUGUGCAUAUUUAAAGAUCGAAGCAUAG